CGGUGAGUAUCAGUCAACUUACAGUUUGUGAACACUUGUAACUACCGAAAUGUCAGCAGCUGUAAUAAUCGCAAAUCAGAAUGUGGUGGAGAGGGUUACCAGCCUUCCUCUGGUGAGCUCCACCUACAGCUUGGUGUCCAGCGUGUACUCCAACACCAAGGACACCCACCCAUACAUCAGGACGGUGUGCGAGGCUGCCGAGCAAGGGGUCCGGACCAUCACCUCUGUGGCCCUCACCACCGCCUCACCCAUCAUUGACAAGCUGGAGCCUCAGAUUGCCAUCGCCAACGACCUGGCCUGCAAAGGUUUGGACAAGAUUGAGAAAACCUUGCCGAUUCUUCACCAGCCAUCUGAGCAGAUUGUCUCCAGUGCCAAGGAUGUGGUAACCAACGCAAAGGAUGUUGUGACAGGCACAGUGUCCGGUGCCAGGGACACCGUCUCAGACACUCUGACCAGCGUCGUGGACAAGACCCGUGGUGCUGUGCAGGAUGGGAUGGACAAGACCAGGGCUGUGGUCAGUGGGAGUGUCAGCACAGUGCUGGAGAGCAGAGUGGCCCGGCUGGUGAGCAGCGGAGUGGACACGGCCCUCAGCACCUCGGAGAGUCUGGUGGAGCAGUACCUGCCUUUGACGGAGGACGAGCUGGAGCUGGAGGCAAAAACUGUGAAAGGCUUCGAGAACACAGAGCCAAGCUACUAUGUCCGCCUGGGUUCCCUCUCCACCAAGCUCCGAAAGCGGGCGUACACCAGGGCUGUGGCCAGAGUCAGGGACGGCAAGCAGCGGAGCAUGGAAUUCAUUUCUGAGCUGAACUCCACUGUUGACCUGAUUGAAUAUGGCAGAAAGAAUAUUGACGGGGCUAACCAGAUGGUGAGUGACAAGCUCAACUCUCUGGUGGCAUGGAGGUCCAAUGGUCACGAGGCAGAGGUGAUCGAGUCCCGCACCUUGACCCUGGCACGUUCCCUCACCCAGCAGCUCCAGACCACCUGUCUGGUCCUCGUCUCCAGCCUGCAGGGCCUCCCCAACCACAUCCAGCAGGAGGCGCUCUCCCUCGGCCGCUCCGCCACACAGGUCUACGUCGGUUUCAGCAAGGCUAACACACUGAGAGACCUGCCAGACAGUGUGCUGAACAGCAGCAAAGUCCAGCUGGGCAAAAUCAAGAACUCCCUGGACAGCGUCAUGGAUUACCUGGUCAAUAACACGCCGCUCAACUGGCUGGUUGGUCCCUUCUACCCCCAGUUGGCCCCAGAGCCGACUCGCACGCCAGAUUCUGCAACCAGCAGCAGCAGCAGCAGCACAGGAGCCUGGUCCUCCAGCUCUCACCUCACCCAGUCACAUCGGGAGCAGCCCAAGGAAGUCGAGAUGGAGACAAUGAAUUCCCAGCAGCAAUAGUGAUCCAUUACAGCUUUAUGUUCUGAGUUUUGAACAAUGUAUUCCUCCUUGUAGGCAAACGUUUGACUCUACCAUUGUUCCAUGUCAAACACCACGCUAUUUUAGACUUUUUAAUUCUUGCUGAAAUCUCAUUUUUAUAUGCUAGCCAAUCUAGCAAAACCUGUAAUCCUGUGCUUUCUACAUAAACUUGACUGGAAUUAAAUUCAAUACAUUUUGAAACUUG